CAGUAAUAUUGCAACAAUCAUCCACGUCAUCCAUGUCAUAAGAGCGUUCGGGAAAAAAAUACCGAAACUUACGUGUCCUAAUGGCCUAGAGUCAAGCCCACUUCUCAAAACGAUUCACACCUUUGUCUUCUCUGUUUCGUAUUCCUGCAAAUCUCCGUUACCAACAACCCUUUCUUUAUCAAUCAAUUAUAUCAUUUAUUCCUUUUUUACGGUUUCCUUUCACCUCCUCCCUAUGUAUCUUCUCCUAUAAAGAUCUUUCUUCAAAAUUUUAACUCAAACCAAAAUAAAAAAACCUCCACUAAUAAAGGUAAAGCCUAUGGCCAUGGAAAAUAAAUAAUUCAGAGUCUCUCGCUCUUCCUCUACUCUAUAGCUAUAAAACGGCGAAAUCCACCGUGUUUGCCAUCAAGUUUGCUUGCUUCAAUUGUUGCAGCUUCAUAACUCGUGCCCUGUUUGUCAUAUGAGUUCCCCACAUACGAUGCUGAUUACGAGUUCAUGACUCAUGGAGGUCAGACCAGUGGGGAAGUCGGACAACGAACGGUUGAGAGUUCGCCGACGCCGAGGAGGUUUAGUGUAUGAUAUCCAUGGCCACUCAGGAGACGUGAUACGAAUUAGGAUUUUGGGAGUGGAUCUGAUAUCGAUACUAGAAAUUCAUGGCAUACACUGAAAUUCUCUAAACAUUUGAAGAUCAAGAGGAGUUAAAAGAGGUUUUGACCUUCGAAUGCUAGCAAGAAGGUGGAUCAAUGAGAAGCUUUUCGAAUAUACUCUGUACACAUUCCUUUUACAUAUCCUUCUCUCCAAUAUUUGUGUUGCCAGUGUUAACAAUGGUGGCUUCCCUAAACCCACGUCUGUUUUAUUCUCCUUAACUAACAAAAUGUGUUUCACGUAGCAUUUAAAGCACUGAAUUUUUCUCAGGGUUAUGGAGAUGGGGAAGAAGCUUGCAGAGAGGAUAAGGAAGCAAAGGGGCUUACAUUGUCCUGAGUGUUAAAUCACAGCUCAUUGAAUGAAAAAAGUACCUAACUCCGUAUUUUCCAAUGGUCUUACAUAAUUGUCUCCAGUGGGAUCAGGAGCCUUAUGCUGCUGUCGAUAUACUACAGAUUCCACCAACAUCAUAUCUUCAAAGGCAAAAAGAGGGAAGAUGAACAUGGCGACUUGAAGCCAGCCUCUAUCGCUGAGGGUGGAAACUGCAGCAAACCAUAGUAGACACUAGAAGGUGCUCGCAGGUUGAAGCAAAAGAAGUUUUUUUUUUCUGUUACAAAGCUUUCCCAAUCUAAAGACACAGGUUUGGGAGAGAAUGAUUUACUUGAUCAUGAAGGAACUUUCUCUAUCAGCUGAUAAGGUUCGUAGUUUGUAAUUUGCCUAAGUAGCUGAAUCCUAACACUAAUACUGAAGGUAUAGUUUCUGAAUUCUGAUAAGUUGUUUGUUUUUCUAUGGUUAGUAUUGUUACAAGCUCCCUGAUCAACGAUAUGAAUAGCAAGAUUGCUAUGUAUCUUGCAAAUGGUAUAACUCUCUAAUACCGAAUAAUAGACGAAACCCUUUUUACACAAAUUAGGUGGUACUUGAAACAAGCGAUUGUGGAUAAGAACUAUGUUGUUUUAAGCUCUGUUAGUAAGUUCUUUUGCAUGCUUCUUAGUUGCAAAACCAAAACUCAGGUUAUGCUGCAAAAUGAUUAGUUUCAUAAAUAUCAGCUUCUACAUUGAUAUAUAUGUAGAAAAUAAGAGAAAGAAGAAAAGCUUACAAGGAUUAAGGAUGUUAGGGGGCUUUAAAAGGAUAAAGCACUGCAAGAAAUGAACGGCAAAAGCAACAUUUUGAAGUAUUGGAUAUAACACGUGUUUUUUUUAAUCGUGGGAGUAUUCCUUAUGUACUGCUAUUAGAUUACUUGAUAAGAUAAGAAAUGUAUUUCUUAAUUUGCUUCACCAGUGCCAACAAUCACAAAAUUAUAAUUUAUUCUUCCUUCUUUCAGGUUCUAAUGAUUGGUUGUUAUUUGAGUUGUUGUGAUUUUUAGUAGGGAUGUGUAAAGGAAGAUGGAAUCUAACAAGUCAGUGUCGGAGGUUGAUGAUGAAAUUGAGGGUGAGGAUCGUAGUAAAUAGGUUUGUAGUUGAUCAUUUUAAAUUACGUUAGAUUGUGUAUAAUCAAAUUCAUGAUGAGAAUGGUGACUAAGGUUGAAGUUUAUAGCAUAAGUACAAAUGGCUGAUCUAUUUGUCUUCUUUAUGUUUUCAUAAAAUUGUUAUGGGAAUGAUUGAAAGAUAGUGUUUUUCUUUAUUAUUCUCUUUGUUUUAAUACUUCCACAAAAUGUUUUAUUCACUACAUGAUUUAGAUUCUUACUUUAUAUAUUUGUGAUCUCAUAAUUCUAUUUUGACAUGUGAUCAGUUCAAACAAAAGGUUAGAUGAAAGUUGGUAAAUAAAAAUUUAUUUAUUUGGCCAAGAUAAUAUCAUUGUUUCAAAUUUGUGUCCAAUUCUAAAUUUAUACAUUUCUAACCUAUUAGAUAUAAUAUACUUUUGUAGAUAAAUUAUCAAAAAGACAACUUAGUGAUAAAGCAGUAUAAGGAGUUGUAUUAAUCUUUGAUGAUGCAACUAAAUAAAACAUAAAAUAUUCAGAAAAUUACUAAGUAAUAAAUUAAUAAGUAAAAUGAAUAAAAUUUGAUAUCUAAUAUGAGUUUGCAAAGAAGUAAGAAGAAAAUAAAACAUUAAGGAUUAUAAAAUGGUAAAAUAAAGAGUAAAUAAACACACAAAUUUAUUACUUCAAAUAUAUAUGUAAUAAGUUUGAAUCAAGUUGAGUCUGUUUAUUUUGCUACCAAAACAAAUUUGAACCAAGUAGUAAACAAUAAAUCUAUCAAAUUUUCAAAACAAAUUAUUAAUUUAUUUUUUAAAUAUCUAAAAUAAAAUUAAACGUCAAUAUAUAAAUAUAUAUAUAUAUAUAUAUAUAUAUAUGAAUACAUAUAUAUAAUUAAAAUCAUAUAUUAAGGAUCUUUGAUAUAUCAUGCAUAUUAUAAUAUUUUUUACAAAUGAUAAAGAAUACAUUCUAACAUCGUAUUCACAUUUCAUUCAAAUAAUAAGAAACCACAAUAAUUCUAUUAAAUAAUAUACCCAAAAUGCACUCAUACAACUUAUGGCCAAACUUACAAUCAAAUGUACAUUAUGUCUAGCCACUUACAAACACAUUCAUAUUAGAUAAAUUUAUAAAUACAAUUUGUGUUUACUUAUUUAAAUUUCAAAAUAGAUUUUAUUUAUUUAUUUAUUUUAAAGGUCCAUCCUAAUAUUAUUUAGAAAAUACACAUCACAGAAAAAACUUACCAAAAAAAAAUACAAAAACAUAAUUCGUUAUAGGUUUGUUUUUCUAGAGGUACAAACAAAAAAUAUAAUCCGAAAGAAAAAUUACAAAAAUGUUUUAAUCUUGAAAUAUCUCACAUGUAACUUUUGUACAUUUCUUCAUAUGAAAUGGCCAAUCAAUACAUUUUUGACAAUUUCAAAGCAUAUAAGAUUUAAAAUAAAUUAUCUUGAUAACAAUCAUUAAUCCAAACAUAUGUAAAGGUGAAUGGAAAAUAAAUUUCAUUAUCAUGUUUGAUUUUUUCUAAUUGAUUUUUUAAAACAAUACAUAAAUUAUUAUUCACCUCAGCAUUUGGAAUAAAAUAUUAUUCUUAUUUUACCUAAGAUGAAGCUAAUAAAAACAUAUAUUAUAUAGAAGACUAAUGUCACAUUCAAAAAGCCACAAUAUAUACCUUAAAAAACUCAAUCUAUAUACAUUUGUUUUAUGGUUUUCUGAUUUAUUAAUUCUUAAUUCAUUAAAUUGUUUUAAAAAUACACAAAAUCAAUAAAUAUUAUAAAAAAACUAUUUUUGGUCUAUUAAUUGACUGUAAAUAAUAUCUAAAAGCAUUUUCCGCGCGUAGCGCGGUCAGAAACUCUAGUUUAUUUAGAAACGGGUAACCGAACAUAGUUGACAUCAUACAUGUGUUAAUUAUACUAUAUAAAAGAGGCUAAAUUAAAGCUCCCUAAACACUGCCACAUAGGCAAAAAAAUCCUCACCAAUCAUUCAGCCAUGUCAUUUCGGAUUGGGUUUGAAAUUAAAAAAAUUUAGUCACCUUUGCAGCCCAUUUGACCCAUCUCGCUACCCAUUUAAACCAUUCUCACCAGCCUACUAAAACAUCUGGAGUUCUCUGAUUCCUAUCAGUUUUUAUCUAUUUGAAGCAUGGAUUUAAUAACGUUAUCGAUUGAUUCUGAUCAAAGGCCCUAAAGCCCCAUUCUCAGCCCAAAAUAGUAAAAAUCAAUUUUUGGUAUUUUAUAUAAACGUGUAUUCCGUGUAGUUGAAUAAGAAAGCCUAACCAAUAGUAGUUGAUACAUGGUAUAGUUUUCCAUCAGUACCCACAGUCAAAAUAACAAAAUAUUUUUCUUUCUAAUAUCAGAGUCAUCAAAUGCGAACAAGGUGACACGAAAACGUGGACGGGCCGCUAGAGAUACGGAAUAAAGUGAAAGGUAUACACAAAAUUUAAUAGAGACAUGUCUCGCACUAAUUGAUCAAACAAUUACAAUUAUUCAUUUAUUUAAUCAAUUUUUUUGCGGACAGCUCCAUCUGCGGGAAUUAUGCAACAACAUUUCGCCCCUCAAUUCUUUGACUGUGAGUUAUCCAUCUAUUAUUCACAAGAAACUAAUACUAUAUAAAUAUAUUAUAUAUAUAUAUAUAUAUAAUUAAUUGAUAAUUUCGUACAUAUAUUUUACUAAUAAUGCUUUUAUGGGAAAAAAUGUUCCCUCCGUAGGUGGCUGUGAAGUAUGUGCGUGUAUUUAUUGACUAGAUGAAUAUUAACACACAUUUAAAAUUUAAAUCCAUGCAGUGUCAAGAAAAUAUACACGUGCCAUGCGAAGGACAAUAUUGCUAUCUAAAAGUCAAUGUUUUUAAAUCCGAUCCGGACAAUGAACCGAACGAUUUACCGGGUUGCUGGGUUACUGGGUCGACCGUGGAUGAACUGCGGAUUAAUAAAUAAAUAAAUUUUAUUAUAUAAUAAUAUAUCAGCUAUGUACAAUAAAAAAAAUAGAAACUAAAGUUUUAAUUUUCUAAAUGUUUUUUAAAAAACAUAAAAUAAUAGUUUGGAUAUGUAUAUGUUUUAUGUUUAAAAACUUUUAGAAAAUACUUUACUUUUAUUUUCAUUUGACAUACAAAAUAUCAAAAAGUAGUUUAGACUAUCUAAAAUUUUCUCCAACAAAGUAAGAUUUACGACAUCUAAAAAAUCAAGACAUAAAAUUUAUAAAUAUUUAAAUGUCUAAUUGAAUAAUAAAUUAUACUUCAAAUACAAAAUAAACCAAAAAUAAAAAAUUAUUGUAAUAAAAUGUCGAUAACGGAAAUAAACUAACACCAAAUCACAUCAACUAAUUUUAGUUAUCUCUACCAUCGUUCACUUCAUUUUCUUCAGGUGGCAUAGUGAAACUGAAAUCUUCAUCAAAAUCUAAAAAUCACAAAUAUAAAACUGAAAAAGAAAAACCUAACUUUUUUUGUCAGCAUCUAACUUCUUAAUUGUAAAUUUAGAAUAUAAAAUAUAAUCUAAAAACUUAAUCAAAAACUUUAAAAAAUGAAGUAAAAGUUAUUUAUUGGUUCGACCGGUGGUUCAACCGGUAUCGGAUUGCGGGUUUUACUGGAUUUUUACGAGUUUUUACGGGUUUUUAAAUAUUGGGUUUUUCAUAAAAUCCAAACCGGAUUUUUUCGGAAUCAUCGGGUUUACCGAUUCAACCGCGGGUCCGGGUCGGGUUUCAAGAAGGAUGGAAGGCAAGCACCAAAUAGUACAACUACAGCUUCACAUUAAAAUAAAUUAAUUAUGUAGACUAACCAACAACCAGUUUGAUUACAGGACCUAACACAUCUACGUCCGCAAGAAAUAGACAAAUCGAUAGAGCUCAAGGAAAAGCCCCUUCAGAUGUAUCAUCCUCCUCUGAAGCGAGAACAAACCCAAUUUUAGAAUGUCCAUCAUGUGGUGCUUUGGUUUGAGAAUCUGAGAGCACCGGAAGAGACCCUAAAACAAAAGAAUUACACUUCAGCAUUUGUUGCAACCAAGGACUGAUAAAACUUCCGCCUCUGAGACAACCUCCCCCAUUGUUAGAAAAGCUACUGCAAUAUAUACAAUUUUGCGAGACAAUCCGAGUCUACAAUGCCCUCCUAGCUUUUACAUCUAUUGGAGCGAAAUUAGAUUACAGUGUUGUUUUUGGCAGAAGGUCAUUCACAUUCUGUAUUCAAGGGCAGACUUACCACCAUAUCGGAUCCCUCAUUCCUAAGCCAAGUUUACCACCCAAGUACCUACAAAUCUAUAUUUUUGAUACGGCAAACGAAAUUAAAAAUCGGCUGGAAGCUUUAGGUCAAACAACCUCUGAAGGAAAAGCAGACGAAGCCACAUUAAAAGUCCUUAUAGAAAUGAUGGAUGCCAACAAUUGCCUUGCAAAAGUUUUUAGACGGGUUCGAGAAUGCUAUGAGGCAAACUCUGGACAAGAUUUUACAGUCUCAUAUCUGAUAAAGGGAAUGGCAAACAAUAUGACUUACCUCAAUCAAAUGAGGUAGCUGGACUUAUUGUUGGCGACAUGUCAGACACUAUCUGUGAGAGAGAUAUAGUCGUCCAGUUUCAGUCAACUAAUUUGAAGGAGAUACGAGAUGAUCAUCCGCUAUACAUGAACCUCCAGUUUCCACUUUUGUUCUCUUAUGGUGAUUAUGGUUUCAAUACCGAAAUCCUUUUGCAUUUAGAGGAAGGAAGCUCGAGGACAAGAAAAUUUCUCAGUAUCCGGUAAUUUUAUGCUUCCCAAAUACAAACGCGGUUAAAAGAAAGAAUAACACUCAUUAAAUUUGGACAAUUUUGUUACUUAAUUAAACAUGUUAUCCGCGCGAAGCGCGGACACCGACUCUAGUUAUACUUAAAAACAAAUCAAACAUCUAUAUACAGAUAGAGAGAUACAUAUAUAUUUUAGAACCACGUACAUGUUUUGUAUCUGAAAGCAAUUGGCUCAAAAAACGAGUAAACCCUCCUCUGGAUGUAACUAAAAAUCAGGUGUACAGAUUUGAGUUGCUUUCUAUUGGAACCUUUAGAGCUUGAAAGAAGAAACAAUGUCAUGAAUACUCAGGAACUUAUAUGGGCCUAUAUGAAAGCCCAUUAUCAUUUUAAACACAGUAUGUGUUUUGUUACAUGCUAGUGUAAAUAUAACCUUUCUCUUUUACUUGUUUUACACCCAACCAAAAAACGCGGUAAAUACGCUAUAACAGUCCCACAUUCCAGGAUGUGGAGCUUCGUAGACCCCAAACAAAUUCCUUCCCAACAAUAUAGUAGGGAGGAACACGUGUCCACCACCUUCAAGGCUAAUUGUUUGUCAUUAGUGUAUGAUUAAGAUUAUUAAGGCUUAUAUCAACCAUGCCAAGUAGGAACCCUCCUUUUCUUCUUUCUCAAGUUUCCUUUUAGCCCUAGCUAGAUUAUGCAAAAUCAUUCACUUUUUUCAACGUUAUCGAAUAUCACUGUAAUUAAUUGAGAAAUUCAGAUCUUUUAAUGCUCUCAUUUGUUGGAUGUUCUAGUCUUUUUCUCCCAUUUUUAUUUCAUAUAAUCUGAGAUCUGGGGGUGAAAUUAGGUUUUAUGUUUUGGGGGUGAUCUUGCUAGAUUACACGCAUGAAACGUACACAGCACACAUGUGAUUGUUUCUCAAGAACAUGUAUAAAUCCCAAUACAUAAGCGGCCAGCGAGAAAAAUUUGUUAGGUUAGAUGAUCUAGAUUCAAGUGCUUCUCAUGCUACUGGAAUGAUGACGAAGAGAAACUGUUUCGGAUUCCCCGUCAAGAAUCGAGGUAGCGAAAAGAAGAGAGCCUCCAAAUCUUUCAGGGAAGGUGUCAAAAUCGGAUCAGAAGGUCUGUUUUCCAUCGGCAAAUCUGUAACGAGAGCUGUUUUCCCUGAAGAUCUAAGAAUAUCAGAGAAGAAAAUCUUCGACCCUCAAGACAAAACACUUCUCAUAUGGAACAGAAUGUUGGUCAUUUCUUGUAUUUUAGCUGUCUCCGUUGAUCCGCUCUUCUUCUAUCUCCCCAUUGUGGACAACUCGGGGAGCAGCUGUAUAGGGAUUGACACGAAGCUAGCCGUUACAACAACGACUCUUAGAACGAUUCUUGACGUCUUUUAUCUAACUAGAAUGGCUCUUCAGUUUCGUACAGCUUACAUAGCUCCUUCUUCUCGUGUGUUUGGUCGUGGUGAGCUUGUGAUUGAUCCUGCUAAGAUCGCUCAACGGUAUUUAACACGUUAUUUCAUUGUUGAUUUCCUCGCAGUGCUUCCCUUACCGCAGAUUGCGGUAUGGAAGUUUCUUCACGGAUCGAAAGGAAUGGACGUGUUACCUACUAAAACGGCUCUAUUGAACAUUGUAAUCACGCAGUACAUUCCAAGAUUCGUUAGGUUUAUACCGUUAACAUCGGAAUUAAAGAAGACUGCGGGAGCUUUUGCUGAAGGUGCUUGGGCUGGUGCUGCUUAUUAUCUCCUUUGGUAUAUGCUUGCAAGCCACAUAACUGGAGCUUUCUGGUACAUGUUGUCAGUGGAACGUAAUGAUACUUGUUGGAGAUUUGCGUGUAAAGUCCAACCAGAUCCAAAACUAUGUGUUCAGAUUCUGUAUUGUGGGACCAAAUUUGUGAGCAGCCGUGAAACAGAAUGGAUCAAGACAGUCCCUGAGCUUCUCAAGAGCAACUGUUCUGCUAAAGCAGAUGAUGCAAAGUUCAACUAUGGGAUCUAUGGCCAGGCUAUAUCUUCAGGCAUUGUAUCAUCAACAACGUUUUUCUCCAAGUUCUGUUAUUGUCUUUGGUGGGGUCUUCAAAAUCUCAGCACGUUAGGUCAAGGGCUGCAAACAAGUACAUUUCCAGGAGAGGUUCUGUUCUCCAUUGCGAUUGCUAUAGCUGGGCUUCUUCUUUUCGCGCUUCUGAUCGGGAACAUGCAGACUUAUCUUCAGUCACUUACCGUUCGUCUUGAGGAGAUGAGGAUCAAAAGACGCGACUCUGAACAGUGGAUGCACCACAGGUCACUUCCACAGAACCUUAGGGAAAGAGUCAGACGAUAUGAUCAAUACAAAUGGUUAGAAACAAGAGGCGUCGACGAAGAGAACAUAGUCCAGAGUUUACCAAAGGAUCUAAGGAGAGACAUAAAACGCCAUCUCUGUCUGAAUUUAGUUAGGAGGGUUCCUCUGUUUGCUAAUAUGGAUGAAAGAUUACUUGACGCGAUCUGCGAGAGGUUAAAGCCAAGUCUCUACACGGAGAGUACUUACAUUGUCCGUGAGGGAGACCCGGUUAACGAAAUGCUCUUCAUAAUCAGAGGCCGGUUAGAGAGUGUAACCACAGAUGGAGGACGAAGCGGUUUCUUCAACAGAGGGUUACUGAAAGAAGGAGACUUUUGUGGUGAAGAGCUUCUGACUUGGGCACUUGAUCCCAAAGCAGGCUCAAACCUACCUUCUUCCACAAGAACGGUAAAGGCUCUGACUGAAGUAGAGGCUUUCGCUCUCGAAGCCGAAGAGCUCAAGUUUGUAGCAAGUCAGUUUAGGAGACUUCAUAGCCGACAGGUUCAACAGACUUUUAGGUUUUACUCACAGCAAUGGAGAACUUGGGCUUCUUCCUUCAUCCAAGCUGCUUGGCGUCGCCAUUCGAGAAGGAAGAACGCUGAGCUGAGAAGGAUAGAAGAAGAGGAAGACGAGAUGGGUUAUGAAGAUGAGUAUGAUGAUGAUGAUGCUGAGGAGGAAGACGAGAGGACUCCAGUGUUUACAAGAACCGAGUCUUCUUCUAGACUACGUUCGACGAUAUUUGCUUCGAGAUUUGCUGCUAAUGCAUUGAAAGGUCACAGACUAAGGAGCACAGAGAGUUCAAAGAGGUUGUUGAAUCUGCAAAAGCCUCCGGAACCUGAUUUUGAUGCUGAAUAAAUGCAUUUAUUAUACACAUAAAAUGCUAUAUAUAUAUUAUGUAACUUGUUUCACAAACUUUUUAAGAUUAUUUACACGAGAGCCAAUGAUCCUUCAAAGACCUGCAUUGCAUUUUUAACAGCUCCUACGUCGAUAUCGGCUAGAUUCCCAGUCUUUGAAGCAACAAUGACACAGUUACUCCUCUCUUCUGCGUCUGGUACAAAGAGAUUUGCUUUCUCUUCU